CAAACGCCCAACUCCAUCGGGAUAUCCUGAGUAUAAAAAGCGUUGGUCGACACCCAAAAUGGCACAUUCACUCCGAUCUUCACCGACAGUAACAACAAGCUUGCUCCAACAAUGGCAUUCAAAUUUGUUCUGCUGGCUACUCUGGUAGCAGCCGCUAGCGCCGGUCUGCUCCCUGUGGCUCAACACGGAGCGAUCGCUACCUCGCACUCCACCAUCCAGCAUCACGCUGCCCCAGCCGUCCAGCAUGUCGGAUCCAUCCAUGCCGCUCCGGCCUACUACCAGCACUCCGCUCCGACCAUCGUCAAGACCAUCGCUCAGCCAACGAUCAUCAAGUCCAUCGAGCACCACGCCCCGGCGAACUACGAGUUCUCGUACUCCGUGCACGACGAACAUACCGGAGACAUCAAGAGCCAGCAUGAGACCCGUCACGGUGAUGAGGUGCACGGACAGUACUCGCUGUUGGACUCGGACGGCCAUCACCGUGUCGUCGACUACCAUGCCGAUCAUCACUCCGGAUUCAACGCCGUCGUGCGUCGUGAGCCAACGGGAGUGAAGAUCGCCCAGCCAGUCCACAAGGUGAUCGCUCAGCCCGUGCACGUGUCCAGCUAUGCUCAUGCUCCAGUAGCACACGCCACCAUCCAGCAGCAUCAUGCCGCUCCGAUCGCACACUACGCCGCUCCGAUCGCGCACCAUGCCGCUCCGAUCGCGCAUUCGACCUCCAGCAUCGUUCAUGGACCGAGCCAUCUGAGCCAUCAUCAUUACUAGGUUAAGAUCCUAGUGUAAUAAGAUUAUUAAAAGCCAGUGUUAGGAAUGUAGUGUACAGCAGUCAAUAAAACAAAUCAUUUGCAUAUUACUUCAUGAAUUGAAUUCUU